AGCCCAGCACAACAUGGAAGUAUGACUGGAAUUGCAUAAAGUUGAGGAAUGAAACUGCCAAAGAUGAAAGACUCAUCUAUAAAGUAACAAGAGAGCCAAACCUUGAGUCUCCAGGGUGACCCAGAAUGAAUGCGAGCUCCAAGACUGGAUUCCUCCUCAUGGGGUUUUCUGAUGAGCGCAAGCUUCAGAUUUUACAUGCAGUGCUCUUUUUGAUAACAUACCUGCUGGCCAUUAUGGGCAAUCUGCUCAUUAUCACUAUUACCACCUUGGACCAUCGUCUGCAUUCUCCCAUGUACUACUUCUUGAAGCACCUCUCUCUUUUGGACCUCUGCUUCAUCUCUGUUACUGUCCCCCAAUCCAUUGCAAACUCACUCAUGAACAAUGGUUUCAUUUCCCUUGGUCAGUGUAUGCUUCAGGUUUUCUUCUUCAUAGCUCUGGCAUCGUCAGAAGUAGCUAUCCUCACAGUGAUGUCUUAUGACCGAUAUGUCGCCAUCUGUCGGCCACUGCAGUAUGAGACAAUUAUGGAUCCCCGUGCCUGCAAGCGUGCAGUGAUAGCUGUGUGGAUGGCAGGUGGCCUGUCUGGACUCAUACACACGGGUGUUAACUUCUCAAUUCCUCUUUGUGGGCAGAGAAUUAUUCACCAGUUCUUCUGUGACAUUCCCCAAAUGCUAAAACUAGCCUGUUCUUAUGAAUUUAUUAAUGAGAUUGCAGUGGCCGCAUUCACAACAUCCACAGCCUUUGUCUGUUUGAUCUCCAUUGUGUUCUCCUAUAUUCAGAUCUUCUCAACUGUGAUGAGAAUCCCAUCAUCUGAAGGUCGAACUAAGGUAUUCUCCACUUGCCUACCACACUUGUUUGUAGUUACCUUCUUUCUCUCAGCUGCAGGCUUUGAGUUUCUAAGACCCCCUUCAGAUUCCCUGUCAGCUAUGGACCUCACAUUCUCCAUAUUCUACACUGUAAUACCUCCAACACUCAAUCCAGUCAUCUACAGCUUGAGAAAUGAAGCCAUGAAAGCAGCUCUGAAGAAAGUGUUGUCAAGAGAAGAAUUUUCUCAGAGAAUGGUGUGUUUAAAAGCUAUAUUCAAACUCUAAAGAGACAACAGAUUAAGAGACAUUGCUACUAUGUUCUAAAUUAGAGGAGAGAUGAAUUAGAUUUC